AAGAAGAAUGUUAGUGUAUCAUCUGUGUAGUGAGGGUUAUUCCAAUGUUCACCUUGAAGAAAACUCCAAAAAGGGUUGCUCUUUAUACUGAAACACCCACCAAGCUAGUCCAAAAAUUUCGGAACAAAGAAAACUUCUAUCUUCCCCCUCUGUACACCAGUGUUUCGGUAUGAGCCUGCAGGUCGAUUAUCGGAUAUAUUCUCUCCCGAAAGGGCUUGCUCCUGAUCAAGGAUCGCCUGCAUGGCUCAGCAAAGGAGACAAUGCAUGGCAGCUAACAGCAACGACCUUCGUCGGUCUGCAAAGCGUUCCAGGGCUUGUCAUCCUCUACGGAAGCAUGGUCAAGAAGAAAUGGGCUGUGAAUUCAGCUUUCAUGGCCCUCUACGCUUUUGCCGUGGCUCUACUUUGCUGGGUUUUGUGGGCUCAUCGGAUGUCUUUUGGAAACUAUAAUAGCCCACUGGUGGGAAAGCCCAUGAAUUCGCUGCAAGACGGGUUUCUUCUCGGACAAAUGGAUGCUUCUCAUCAUUUGCCAAUGGCUGACUACGUAUUCUACGAAUUCGCUUUUGCUGCCAUUACUGUGAUUUUGCUGGCUGGAUCAUUACUUGGGAGGAUGAAUUUCUAUGCUUGGAUGAUGUUUGUUCCCUUGUGGUUGACGUUAUCUUAUUCCGUUGGGGCAUUCACUAUAUGGGGAUCAGGAUUUUUCCAGCGCAAAAUUAUUGAUUAUGCAGGUGGUUAUGUGAUUCAUCUUUCAUCUGGGGUGGCUGGCUUUACAGCUGCAUAUUGGGUGGGACCUAGACAUUCGCAUGACAGGCAGCACUUUCCACCCAACAACAUAAUUCAAACUUUGGGAGGUGCAGGAUUUCUGUGGCUCGGAUGGACAGGUUUCAAUGGAGGAUCUCCAUUUGGCGCAGGCCUGAUCACAUCUCUAGCCAUUAUAAACACCCAUAUUUGCACCGCCACCAGCCUCUUGGUCUGGCUUGCUAUCGACAUGAUCGUGUACAAGAAAAGCUCAGUCAUCGGUGCAGUACAGGGAAUGAUUACAGGCCUUGUUUGCAUCACUCCUGGUGCAGGGCUCGUGGAUCCAUGGGCAGCAGUCCUAAUGGGGAUGAUGUCCGGAUCAAUUCCGUGGUAUACAAUGAUGGUUUUGCACAGAAAAUCAGCCUUCUUCCAAAGCGUGGACGAUACUUUAGGGGUCUUCCAUACGCAUGCAGUAGCUGGUCUUUUAGGGGGCCUCCUCUCUGGUCUCUUUGCCAGACCCAGUCUUCUGAACCUGAUGUACCCUUCAGAGAAUUAUGGUCCAGGCUUACUCCACAGCGAGGGACAGUUCCACCGCGGCCUCAGACAAAUGGGUUAUCAGAUUCUAGGAGCAAUGUUCAUCACUGCAUGGAAUGCUGCUGUUACGAGCUUCAUUUGCCUUUUUAUCAGCCGCAUUGUUAAUUUAAGGAUGGAUGAAGAGGACCUUGAGGUAGGGGACGAUGCAGUGCAUGGAGAGGAAGCUUAUGCUCUAUGGGGAGACGGUGAAACAAUGCCAAAACCUCGCCGUCUGCGUAUACCUCCUAUCUGCCGCCGUCUAGUUUCAACUCCUUCAUGAACCAAAUAUAAUAAGUUUUAGAAUGCUGCUAUACUCUCCACUUCAGCUUUUGUUUGAUGCUGCUCACUAGCAAAUUACAGAUCUCCAAAUGUUCGUACUGCGUGCUUGAGAAAAUGAUUUGCGUGAUUAUUGUGAUUUUGUGCACAUAUGUCCAAAGAUCUAUCGGGAAUCUGUAAUUUCAAAGCAUUGGAAACAAUAACCAAAUGAUUUCUUU